AUGACGUCUGAGCAAAAAUCUUCGUGCGGCGCCAUCCCCGAGGUGGUGGCGAAGGCCGUGCUGCAGGCCUCGCAGCUGCCGGAGGACUGCACCGCGUUCGUCGACGGCCUGAACUACGACGGCGACGUGGAGAUCGAGCACCUUCUGCGCGUGUACAAGAACUUCGGGUUCCAGGCCACCCACCUCGGGCAGGCCGCCGAGAUGAUCGAUCGCAUGUUGAAGUUCCGGCUCAGCGACGACCCCGUGUCUGAGGAUGAGGUGGGCACCAAGUACGAGGACCCCGAGGUCCGCAAGAACACCAAGUGCACCAUCUGGCUAGCGUUCACGUCCAACAUGAUUUCGUGCGGGCUGCGCGAGGCGUUCGUGUACCUGGCGAAGCACAAGAUGAUCGACGUGGUGGUGACCAGCGGCGGCGGCGUGGAGGAGGACCUGAUCAAGUGCAUGGGCAAAACCUACAUCGGAAGGUUCAACAUGGACGGCGCCACGAUGCGCGAGCGCGGCUUGAACCGUAUCGGUAACCUGUUCAUCCCCAACGACAACUACUGCGCGUUCGAGGACUGGAUCCAGCCCCGGCUGGACGAGAUGCACCGGCAGCAGGAGGAGGAGGGCGUCAACUGGACGCCGUCCAUGUUCAUCGACUACCUCGGCAAGGAGAUCAACGAUGAAACCUCGUUCUGCUAUUGGUGCCACAAGAACAAGAUCCCCGUGUUCUGCCCCGGCAUCACCGACGGGUCCAUCGGGGACAACCUGUACUUCCACACCUACCGGCGCAGCGAUCCCACCACGCUGCGCAUCGACGUGGUCCGCGACAUCCGUCUGGUGAACGACCUGUCGGUGAACGCGCGCAAGUCCGGCAUCAUCAUCCUGGGAGGCGGCCUUGCGAAGCACCACGUCUGCAACGCGAACCUGAUGCGCAACGGCGCCGACUUCGCGGUGUACAUCUCCACUGCGCAGGAGUUCGACGGGUCGGACUCCGGCGCGAACCCCGACGAGGCCGUCUCCUGGGGCAAGAUUAAGGCCCACACCAACCCCGUGAAGGUGCACGCCGACGCCUCGCUGGUGUUCCCGCUGCUGGUCGCGGGCGUCUUCAAAAAGUACCAAAACACUCGUAUGUAG